UGACGUAUGUCUUCGUGUAGAAUGUAGAUAUACGAGAUUUAAUUUUACUGCAAAGAAGAGAGAAAACCGGUCGGAGGAGGUGAACGGGUUUGUGCCUUGGUUGGAGGAGCUGGUGGUGUGACGUAGCAGUCCUCCGACACACACACACACACACACACACCGGCCGCCGCUGCGCCUGGCAGGAUCUGAAUGUGGGGAAAUGACCGCAAGUGACCUCAAAGGAAACACUGUAUUUUAGCGUCUGUUGGCACUUCUAUUUCACAUAUUUUAGCUUGAUAAUUUAGGGUAAAAUAUACGUUACGGUUGCGGAAAGACAAGGAGUAACGUUAGCUGCUCGCGCGAUUGUCCCACUAGCUUGCUAAGCUAACGUUGCCCGGUUUCUCGUUGCUAGCGAUCAGGCUCUUUUCGGUUUUUUUGCCCUGCAGAUGCUAAGCUAAGCUAGGCUAGGCUAGGCUAGCUGCUGCCAUGGAUAAAGCCAAGUCAAUGAUGGACAAGAAGGGAGCGUCGGGACCCUUUCAUGUCAACAACGGGCAGAGCCAGAGGGGCUUUCAUGGCCACGUCGUUGUGGCCGCUAACGGCGGCUGUUGCAGCAGCAGCAAUGCAUUCGGCUCGGGCACCGGACCCAACAGCGGCACGUUAGAAAACCUGCAUCAUCUGCACCGCGGGGACGAUGCGGAGUGCAACGGGUCCCCGGCCAAGCGGUGCAGGCUACGGAGGAGGACGGAGUCGGUGAGACGGAACAGACCCCCAUUCCCCUGGUUUGGUAUGGACAUCGGUGGCACCUUGGUCAAGCUGGUGUACUUUGAGCCGGUUGAUAUAACUGCAGAGGAAGAACAGGAGGAAGUGGAGAACCUCAAGUCCAUCCGCCGCUACCUCACCUCAAACGUGGCCUAUGGUAAAACAGGCGUCCGUGACGUCCACCUGGAGCUGAGGAACCUGACAAUGUGCGGCCGGACGGGGAACCUGCACUUCAUCCGCUUCCCAACGCAGGCCAUGCCCCGUUUCAUCCAGAUGGGACACGACAAGAAUUUCUCCAGCCUGCACACAACACUAUGCGCCACCGGUGGCGGGGCGUACAAGUUUGAGAAUGACUUCCGAACAAUGGCCGAUCUGGAGCUGCUGAAGCUGGACGAGCUGGACUGUCUGAUCCGUGGCCUGCUGUUCGUCGACCGGGUGAGCUUCAACGGCCACCCAGAGUGCUACUACUUCCAGAACCCAUCAGACACCCAGAGCUGCGUGAAGAAGCCCUGCACGCUCGACAACCCCUUCCCCAUGCUGCUGGUCAACAUCGGCUCCGGGGUCUCCAUACUGGCCGUGUAUUCGGAGAACAACUAUAAACGGGUGACUGGGACCAGCCUGGGAGGUGGGACAUUCCUGGGCCUUUGCUGCCUGCUGACGGGCUGCGAGACGUUCGAGGAGGCGUUGGAAAUGGCCAGCAAGGGCGACUCCACCAACGUGGACAAACUGGUGAAGGACAUCUACGGAGGAGACUAUGAACGCUUUGGGCUACAGGGCUCUGCCGUCGCAUCCAGUUUUGGUCACAUGAUGAGCAAAGAGAAGCGAGACAGCAUCAGUAAGGAAGACCUGGCCAGAGCCACACUGGUCACCAUCACUAAUAACAUAGGAUCCAUAGCACGCAUGUGUGCUGUCAACGAGAAAAUCGAGCGUGUGGUAUUUGUUGGGAACUUCCUUCGCAUCAACACAGUGUCCACAAAACUGCUAGCCUACGCCAUGGACUUCUGGUCUAAAGGACAACUCAGAGCUCUCUUCCUGGAACACGAGGGUUAUUUCGGAGCCGUUGGUGCGCUGAUGGAGCUGCUCAAGACAACAGAGGACCCGUGAAGGAAAUUCUGUCGUGACAUCAUCAGCCCUCAACAAGACGAUGUCAUCCAUCCCUUAACGCUGUGAUGUCAUCAACUCUCGAUGCUGUGACGUCAUCAACUUUGGACGCUGCUGAAAGGUCCCAUUCACAGAGGCCGUUAAAUGGAACACUAUGAGAGAUACACAGAAACUGGGAAAAGCCAUUUUAAUAAUUUAACACUUGUAAAUAAUGAUAACCUCUAACAUCCACCUCCUAAAUUUCCCAAACAGAGUCCCCCCUAUCAUAGAGGUUUUAAUAUUGUAAUCAUUAAUUUAUGGUUUCCUGUAAUCAGCUCUGUUGAUUCCUGUAAUCAGUCCUGUGUCAGGAGACGCAGAGACACAGAGUAUUUUAGUGUUUUUUGUUACUUUGUGUGUGUUUGCGUGAAAAGCUACUGUAGCAUUACGUCCUGGAGGCUGUGGCACCCCAGGCGACUGUUUGUGCAACGGUUCUCUGAGAUAGGAUGUCUGCAAAGAAAUGAAGUUACUCUUCAAUGAGUAAUUGGACCUUUUUACCACCAGGGACUCAAGGAAAUGUCUCUUCUGCGACCACAGAAACAUCAGCUGUGAAACCAUCGAGGCUACUGCUCGUGGUUGAACCGCAGCUGGUCAGCGACAUGCUCGUGUUGCCUGUUUUUGCACAAAAAGUUGCCCACCAUGCUACAGUCUUCUAAGGAGUGCACUGAAGCCAAAUCCUGUUGAGAUUCAUACAACACUUGCCUCCUUCAGCUCAGACAGGAAGCAGAAAAACAGUCUUUGAUUCUUUCUGUUGCUCCGCUGCACAUGGCCUUUGCUUUUUUUCUUUGUCUGUUCUCCGGCUUGCCUACAUGUAAACAGCAUUAACAACACCGUAUUGCCAUGCAUGCGUACCUAACCUGCUGAGUUUAGUGUUAGAUGACGGGACCAAGACACUGUCUUCCAACAGAUAGCGCUACAGCUGUGUGUGCGUUGUUAAUUUGUGUUGACUAGCAUCACCGCAACUACGGUCAGUCCAACUCAGCAACCUGUGUUUGUGAUUUGUGAAAUACUGUGGGAUCUUCUUUUCUUCUUUGUCCAGCUCAAGGACACUUCCGCUGGAUCGAGGUCUACACCCUCUGGCCUCGUUGCCACUCUGCUGCCUUGUUUGGGUGUUGUAGUGUGAUUUAAUGAGGUGUUCAUUUUCUCCAUGUGAAUCCUGGCAUGAUAAAGGUUCAGCACCCCUGUUGUAUGUGCAGAUGCAGCAGAGUAAGGCCACCUUUUUGGGAGACAAUGGGGACCAAGACGAUUUUUUUACAAAGAAUCACUCCUCAUGCAAAUUACAUUAAUGAAUAUUGGCUAGCAGCAGAUUGAGUUAAACUAGAUUAGACUGUUUUUACUGUCUUAUAUUGCAGAUAUUGUGCAUGACAGUCUGUGAUUUGUUCUCAGAGUGUGACUGGUUAGGUGAAGUUUCAUUCUCUCCACUUUGUACUCACAGACAAUGAGAAAAAAAAACAUUCAUCCUACAAUUUGCAUGCUACUGUUUAAGAACAGUGAGUCAGGGCACCUUUAUGUGCACAAACCUGCCUUUUUGUCCUGAUCCGAGGCCAUAUCCAAACUGGUACACACACCCUAGAAGAGCCCCACCCUCAAUUGUGUACUUAUAGAAUACUUGAAAAUGCUGAGUGUCGAUUUAGCCUGAGAUUCUAGGAUGGAAAACCUUGCUCGCCUGAAUUGCCUGUAAUAAUGUUCUGAGCGCAGGAAGCUUAAAGGAAUCUCACCAUCUGCAAUAAUGUAAAUUACAUGCACACCUCACUGUAUAGCAAGGGUUGCUUGUAAUUUACUCUGCAUGACAAUAACAGCUGUAAAGAGGAAUUAUUCUUUCUAGAUCUCUAUAUUGAUACUGUUUAAAAGAAACAUGGACCAUAAGUACAGUCUAGUUUCCUUUAAUGUCAAGGAAAUGCCCCCUCACCCCACCUCAACCCCCCAACUGCCUGGACCUUUUCAGCCUUUCAUGUCUGUUUAAUUGUCAAAGCAGCUGAACCAUAAAGCUGGACAGUGCAGUCUUCUCUGUCCACUACGUAAUACAGUAUAUUUAGCACCACUGUCUACAUGCCUUUACUCUCUCCAGAAGAGAAACUGUGCUCUUUCCCUUUUUGGAAUCACUCUUUGUAUAAUCACCUACAUGUCUCAGUUUUUGUUUUAGACUAUUUAUUGUUAAAUACCUCCAAAAUAUCACUACCAAUACUUCCGUGGCAGUUAGUUUUAGUUGUGUCUGAGCCUGAGUUCACCACUUAGACAAGAUUUUUUUAAUUUCUUCUGUAAUAUCGAGGGUAAAAUUCUAUUCAGCUAGUUGAAUGUUUCUGGUCUUAUUGACACAAACUUGUGUUUGCAGUUAUUGCCUCUUCAUUCUCUAACAUACCUGGACUACACUUUGACUCCGAUUAAUAACAUGUUUGCUGCUAUGCAGUCCUGUUUUUUUUAUUUUUUUUUUUAGUUAAUUUGUACAAAGACACUUAGGGCAGUUGGAUUAUAAACAGGAAGUUGUUAUUUCAAGUUGAUAUCAUCAUCCACAGCUACUCACAAUACCCUAACACUAAAAAGUUUUGCUGUGAAAUUCAAUAUGCAUCAUUUGAAGCAAUUGUGUUUGCAAAUUAUAGAUUGAACAGAAUAAAUUAGGGUAGAUAUGUCAGAUGAGGGUGUUUUUAAUGGAUUAAGUCUUUAUUGUAAUCCCUCUUUUACAGAGUGGAUCCUCUGUAGUUACAUACAUACACACUAAAAGUUUUUUUUUUUCCUACUGUGGAUAUAUCGAGUGUAACAGACUACAUCAAUUACCUAUUGGCCGAACUAAUCCAAAUGCCAACACUUAUGCAAGUGUUCAGAGUAAAACUGUGAUGAAAUACUAUUUGAGGUUUUGCAACCUUUCCUCUGAAAACGUUGAAUCAUCAAUGUGUUUGAUCCUGCUUGAUUUCAGUUGCGAUGACGCAGCAGAUGUUCUUUCCUGGUGCUUUUUUUUUUUUUUUUUUUUUUUGCCUUGGUUCGACUCAUGUUUGGAUGAGAAUAGUGGCCUCGACCUACCAGGUGCCGCUCAGCUUUAACAUCAGACUGGUGUUCUUUAUCUCGUGCCACUCCUCCUCCUCCUCCUAAUCUGAAAACUCCAAUCAGCUGCCUUCACUUAUCCUGGUUACACCACGUUUGUGCCCUUCGCCUUCCUGUGUGAUUUACUUUUUAUUUCUUACCUGCUGAACUUCACCUCAGUGUUUUUUGUAAUCUUGAGCAUGUUCGGGUUUCACUCUUUGCUUUCUGUGUUUGUUUUCUGUUUGUUGUUAUUGUAUUAUUAUUGUAACAGAACGAUUCAGUGCAGUUAACACACAUUUGCAGUUUGAAUAGGAGAGUGUCCUAAAUGUGUAGGAAAGUCACUUUUACUUCGUUUACUACAUGUUGGUACUAAAAUCUGAUCAUUUUGAAGAGUCUUGAGAUAUCACCUUUCAUGGAUAAUGAGAACUGGAUUUUUUUUAUGUUUUCCAAAUUCAUUAUGUUUUUGGGCAACAGUUCGGUUUGGGAACAUUUUUAAAAUACAUGUCAUUUUAUUAUUUCUAUCCUGUUUCCUGAUUUUUUUUUAUUUUGUUUUUUUUGGCCAGUAAUAAGAAAUAAUGUGAGUUAUUGCAUUUUUUUCCCACAUGUUUUGAGAAUACUGUUGUACUGAUUUUCUUUCAUGGUUUGAUUGACUUCGGUUGGCCCAACAGAACCAGUGUGAUCGUCCCCACAAAUGUAAAUCCCUGCUAUGAUGCUCUGUCUGGCUUGUCAAACAUGUUG